CUAAAUGUGCAAACAAAUCUGAAGUUUGUUCAUACCUCUUUCCAUGGAGUUGGACAUGACUACGUGCAGUUGGCUUUCAAGACGUUUGGUUUUCAGCCUCCCAUUCCAGUCCCUGAACAAAAAGAUCCAGAUCCAGACUUUUCUACAGUAAAAUGCCCAAAUCCUGAAGAAGGAGAAUCUGUGCUGGAGUUGUCCCUGAGGCUUGCAGAGAAAGAAAACGCUAGAGUAGUAGUGGCCACCGACCCAGAUGCAGACAGACUAGCAGUGGCAGAACAACAGGAGAAUGGCUGCUGGAAGGUCUUCACGGGCAACGAGCUGGCGGCUUUGUUUGGGUGGUGGAUGUUUUCUUGCUGGAAGGAAAACUGCUCUGAAGAUGCUGAUGUGAAGAACGUUUACAUGUUGGCGACCACCGUCUCCUCGAAAAUCUUGAGGGCGAUUGCGCUUAAAGAGGGAUUUCACUUUGAAGAAACACUCCCUGGUUUUAAAUGGAUUGGAAGUAGAGUAAAAUAUCUCCUAGAUACUGGAAAAGAAGUUCUCUUUGCGUUUGAAGAGUCUAUUGGUAUGUAUGGAUAUCACAUAUCGAAGACUUCUUAUUUCUUGUGCUACGAUCCUCCUACUAUCAAGAGGAUAUUUGAGAAACUUCGGAACUUCGAUGCCCCCGAAUCUUAUCCCAAAUGUUGUGGCAUUUACAAUAUUUUACACGUACGAGAUAUCACCACUGGCUAUGACAGCAGCCAGCCCAAUAAGAAAUCGAGAAGCAGGUAUGGAUAUCACAUAUCGAAGACUUCUUAUUUCUUGUGCUACGAUCCUCCUACUAUCAAGAGGAUAUUUGAGAAACUUCGGAACUUCGAUGCCCCCGAAUCUUAUCCCAAAUGUUGUGGCAUUUACAAUAUUUUACACGUACGAGAUAUCACCACUGGCUAUGACAGCAGCCAGCCCAAUAAGAAAUCGGUGCUGCCAGUGAGUAAAAGCAGUCAGAUGAUCACUUUUACCUUUCAAAACGGUUGUGUUGCCACCCUCCGGACGAGUGGAACGGAACCAAAGAUCAAAUACUACGCUGAGAUGUGCGCGCUGCCCGAGCAGAGUGACAGAAACGUGCUGGAAGAAGAACUGAGGAAGCUGAUUGAAGCUUUGAUUGAGAAUUUUCUUGAGCCCGAUAAAAACGGACUGGUCUGGCGCUCUGCUUAGAGCUCCUCCCACCGGGAGGCUUCGUCGUGUUGAAUAAAGGAACCAAGAACUCCAUUUAACACGUGUGCGUGUGUGUACGUGUGGUAAACAGCUCCGUUUUUAUUCUGUAAAGAAGAAGCAUCCUUUUGUCAGAUUUUUUCACCAAAGUCCGGGCUAGAAAAUUGGAGUAAGGAGAAGAAGGGAGAGGAAAAGGAUGGAAUUUAUUAUUAACACUUUUGACCAAAAAGACUCAUUAACCUGCACCAAUGCAAACAAACUGCCCUUGUGGGUUUAAGGCAGAUGAUCUUAACCAGGAGAUCUUGUCUUAAACUAAGUUUCAGGUACACCUUUUGUGUGAAAAGGCUUUAAAAUAGCUCUGAACUGACAAAAAAAAGCCUGCUUCUUCCAAGCUGUUGUGCGUGAGUGCGGGUAUCGUCGUUACAGGUCUUCAUUUCCAAAACCUGUUGAAGUAGAGCUCGGUGCUUAGCGUUUCUUCUUUAGGCAACUUGUUCAAUAUGACAUUUUUUUGCAGCUCCUUAAGGAUCCUUCUGUUGUUAAAGGUGCUCUUGGUGCGUUGUAUCUUUCCUGUGUGUAGCUUCUAAUAUUUCCUUGACGAUGAAACAAUAGCGGCAACACGUGUGGUUCCACCUCUGGUCUGGGCUUUGAAUUCCCUACUGCCUUUCCAAGGCAUCCAAAGGAAUGGGUUUUUCAUCCUUAAAUUGCCUUUUUUAACCACCCAAGGCUUCGUAACCCUUUUUUGUCCCACAUCUCUGAAGGCUCUUAAGCUUUUUUUUCCCCCAGAAAUUCAGUAACUUUGAGUGAAAAUUCCAGGUAGUGACUUUUUUUGUUUUGAUGGCUUGAGCUCAUACUGUCUAUUUAAAAAAAAAUAUGGAAGAAAGUAGAGGUGAGACACACCACUGAUGAUUAUUUUUAGUUACUAAAUCAUUAUUUUAUUUUUUUGUCAUGUGUUGUAAGCUCAUUUCUGUUAGAAUAGCGAUUUGCAAAUACUCUUCUUCAUCUUUUGGAGCAAAUUUUUAACAAUUGCCCAUGAUCUAUUUGCUACUUUUGCUUGAGCAGAAAGUGAUAAUCACUUUUUCCAAAAAACAGACCGAUAGAGAAAUUCUCGUGGAGAUAUUGAGGAUUUCAGGAAACAAAAGCCCUGGUUUGGGCACAAAAUAAAACUGUGGAAGAUGCUUUCACUGAAAGAACAAUUCAAGAAAACCUCCAUAUUGAUUAACUGAGGGUAAUAACUUGUUAAUGUGCACUACUAAAUUGCUAAUAUAAGCCUUCAGAAUAAAGUCAGUGACAUUCUGGCCAUCUCCCCGCUGUCACUUUACAGCAAUUAAAUAAAAGAAACAUAAAACUGAACAUUAACCACCGUAUUAAAGGCUACAUGAAAAGAACCCGAGAAGCACUUAAGUUAAAGCCAGUGUUUUGCCCUUAUUGUUAAAUCUCUAAAUUUAUCCUCCCUCUGAUUAUACCCUUAGAGCUUGAUGGCGCGGGGUGGGUUUUGUGUGUGUGUCUGUGUGUGUCUGUGUGUGUCUGUGUGUGUGUGUGGUGUCUGGGUGGCUUUAAAGAGCACCCAGGUCUCUGCAUCUCUGCAGGUAUCGGGUAUUUCACGCUGACAGCAGCUUUGCACUAUAACCCUGGAUGAAUAUUUCGCUGUAAUAUGAAUGUACACGUGCUGCAGGAGGUCUGUGUUGCACACAAAUUUUGACUUGCCGCCGGUAUUUAUUUAUUUUGUAUUUUAAAAGAAGGUAUUUCCAACUUGUUCUGCGAUUGAGUGAACUGUAUCUAAUGCCAAAAAAUGUGUUUUGUUUUGUUUUUUGAUUGUACAUUUGACUGAGGUGAUGGGGAAAGUAGGCCUUGGAAGGUGUAAAGGCAUUUUUGGCUGCUCCUUUGUCUAUUUUUUCCCCAAAAAAGUGCAGAUCUAGAUCCUGACUGCACUAAAUUUGGAGGAGGUCUUGCCUUUUGAUCCGUGGGCAGCGGAUUAAAACCUUGGGCGUUUGAGAUGUUGUUUUUUUUAAAUGGCCUACGAGUAGUUCAGGAGAGAACAAGUGACUCGGAACGUAAUUUUGAACAAAAACACUGUAAAAAAGCAUAGUUUAUGUGAAGAGGCCGACUCUGUGUGUGUGUUGUAGCAGGUAGAGUUAAGAGUUAUGUCUUGUGAGUUCUAUUUGUGCUCCUACAGAGAGCAACAUCCCAGAAAAGAUCUGCUUUGUGUCCGAAGGUGAACGUUAUAAAUUCAGUACAGAAGAAAAUGGCCGUUUUGUUUUCAAAUCGACCUUCUUAGAAGUUGGUAACUGUCUAUAGUAGAAAUAUCUUUAAUAAAACAAACCCCGAA